UUGGUCUUAAAGGCCUUAGGCAGCACUUGAGGGAGGGUUCCUAACAGUGCUUGGAUACCAACUGAGGAGAUAAUAGGGUUGAUACUCUGUUGUGAAACUCAAGGAGCCAAAAUAGUGUUUUUUUCUGCUAGAAGCCUGUCUCCCACCCGUGCCUGUCCAGCAUCUCCUGUAUGGAGACAAACCCUAUUGCAGAUGUCGGGGUUUUUUUUUUUCCACACUUGGAAUUUUCACAGUUACUUAGAGAUGUGUUGAAUGGGCAAGUAGCAAUGUGGGAAGUAAGAUUGAUGUUGUAGAUGCAACAAUACACAGGUAUGUAUUUUCAUGAAAACCCUUUACUUGUCUAGUCUUAGCAUCUUCCUAGCCCUUUCUACCACCUGCUCAUUUCUUUGCUGGACUGAGAGUAGCUACAGAUUUCUCUGCAUGUUGCUGGAUACUGCAGAAGUUCCUGUUUAGGUGCUCCUGGGUGGCUUAGCAAUUAAGCAACUGCCUUCGGCUCAGGGCGUGAUUCUGGAGUCCCAGGAUCGAGUCCCAUGUCGGGCUCCCUGCAUGGAACUUUGUUCACCCUCUGCCUAUGUCUCUGCCUCUCUCUCUCUCUCUGUGUCUCUCAUGAAUAAAUAAAUAAAAUCUUAAAAAAAAAAAAGAAGUUCCUGUUUAUGUUUGGGUAGAGGUAAGUGUUUGUGGGCAAUGAGAGGCAUAUCAAGCUAGCUAGGGCUGUGAAUCUGCUACUGGGAGUCUGGUCUUUGUAGGGCAGGUUUGUAGAUUUUAAAAUGGUAAGACCAGACCAAAACCUAUACCUCAGGAAGAAUCUGUGCUAUAAUAAAUCUAAUGACAGCCUACUCUGGGUGUCAAGCCAGGUAUCUCUUGUUGGAAGUUGCCAUCAGCUAAACACUAACAAUUAUCUUUCUUGGGAGUACUAGGUGUCUGCCUGCCUCCAUUUAUUUCUCUAUAUCCUGUGGUGGAAAUGGAUAUGAGCUCAUUUUAUUUAGGUCUGUGUGUAAGGCUUGCUGUUCAUACAUAAGAGGUUGGCUUUGGCUUUGCAUUUCAAAACCAGAGACUCACCAGCUCCUGCACUAGACUAACAUACUUAUUAUAUUCUUUGCCAGGCCACAGUAAGCACAAGUGUGGAGGAAACAUUUGCCAUGGAAGCCAGGGAGCUGGAGAAUCCCACACCAGCCUACCAUCUCAUUCCUGAGGCCAGCCAGCCCAGGGAGGAAGAUGUCAGUGUGCAACCUCAACGGACUGCAGAAACUAUGCAGCUAAAGAAGGAGAUCUCUCUGUUGAAUGGGGUCAGCCUGGUGGUGGGCAACAUGAUUGGCUCAGGAAUCUUUGUCUCACCUAAGGGUGUGCUGGUAUACACUGCCUCCUACGGGUUGUCGUUGGUCAUAUGGGCCAUUGGUGGGCUUUUCUCCGUGUUUGGUGCCCUUUGCUAUGCGGAGCUGGGAACCACCAUUACCAAGUCUGGGGCCAGCUAUGCUUAUAUUCUAGAGGCCUUCGGAGGCUUCAUUGCAUUCAUCCGUCUAUGGGCCUCCUUGCUAAUUGUUGAGCCUACCAGUCAGGCCAUCAUUGCCAUCACUUUCGCCAACUACAUCAUCCAGCCCUCGUUCCCGACCUGUGAUCCCCCAUACGUGGCCUGCCGUCUCCUCGCUGCUGCUUGCAUAUGUCUGCUGACAUUUGUGAACUGUGCUUAUGUCAAGUGGGGCACACGUGUUCAGGACACGUUCACUUAUGCCAAGGUCCUAGCGCUCAUUGCCAUCAUUGUCAUGGGUCUCGUUAAACUGUGCCAGGGACACUCUGAGCACUUUCAAGACGCCUUUGAGGGUUCCUCCUGGGACAUGGGAGACCUCUCUCUCGCCCUCUACUCUGCCCUCUUCUCUUACUCAGGUUGGGACACCCUUAAUUUUGUAACAGAAGAAAUCAAAAACCCAGAAAGAAAUUUGCCCCUGGCCAUUGGGAUUUCUAUGCCAAUUGUGACGCUCAUCUACAUCCUGACCAAUGUGGCCUAUUACACAGUGCUGAGCAUUUCAGAUGUCCUUGACAGUGAUGCUGUGGCUGUGACAUUUGCUGACCAGACAUUUGGCAUGUUCAGCUGGACCAUUCCCAUUGCCGUUGCCCUGUCCUGCUUUGGGGGCCUCAAUGCAUCUAUCUUUGCUUCCUCAAGGUUGUUCUUCGUGGGCUCCCGUGAGGGCCACCUCCCAGACCUUCUGUCCAUGAUCCACAUUGAGCGUUUUACACCCAUUCCUGCUUUACUGUUCAAUUGUACCAUGACACUCAUCUACCUCACUGUGGAAGAUGUUUUCCUGCUCAUCAACUACUUCAGCUUCAGCUACUGGUUCUUCGUGGGCCUGUCUGUUGCUGGACAGCUCUAUCUUCGCUGGAAGGAGCCCGAGCGGCCCCGGCCUCUCAAGCUGAGCCUAUUUUUCCCCAUCAUGUUCUGCAUAUGCUCCUUGUUUCUGGUGAUUGUGCCUCUGUUUGGUGACACCAUUAAUUCCCUUAUUGGCAUCGCGAUUGCCCUCUCUGGGGUUCCUGUCUACUUCGUGGGUGUUUACCUACCUGAGUCCCAGAGGCCAGCCCUUAUUCGGAAUGUCCUGGCUGCUGUCACCAAAGUCACCCAGCAGCUUUGCUUUUGUGUCCUGACUGAGCUUGAUGUAGCUGAAGAGAAAAAGGUUGAGAGGAAAGCUGACUAGAGGCCAGAGGUGAUGUCCCUUGAGGCCUGGAAGGCCAGCCAGAGCCACCAAAGUCCAGAUGACAAGACUGUGCAGGUCCAACCCUCUUAUUCUAAAGGAGCCUGUUGGCCCAUAUUAUAUAAGGGGGGCUCAGGGCUGAUGGCCUGCUCUGAUGGUUACUCUCACUGGUAAGCUAUGGGAGGAGACUCAGGGUCUGAGACCAACCUGAAGGUGAGAACUUUAUAGAGGGUGGUGGUGGGGAGGGCUUGAAGUCAGGGGAAUAGUUGUUUAGUUUUGUUCUUGGUGAACUGGUAUAGCUUACCAAACACUCAGCAAACUGCACUGCGGGAGGAGAAAGUGCUAGGUCAAUAGCUGUGGCUGGUGGUUCUGAAUUUGAUAUUUGAAUCAGGAGCCUCUACAAAGGGGCUGCUUUAUGGGAGCCCCUCUGAUCAGGUCCAAGCACCUGCCUUUAGAGGCCGGAAAUGCUACCAUUUCCUUCUCUGACUCAAAAUCUUUCCCUGGGAAGACAGUGGUAUUUCAUUAUUUAUUGAUAUUAUUUAAUCCAGAAUACCAGUUCUAACAGAGCAUUGGUGUUCAUUCAUCUACAGGCUGCAAUAGGCUGAUUGUGUUUAAAAACUCAAAGUACCCCAAACUGAGUCCCUCUGCUCUUAGGAGGUGUCUCUGUGUGGUGGUGGGCCAGCCUCUGACCACAAAUUUUUUUGCUUGGUUUUAGCACAAUCUUCUAUUGAGUCUUAGCUGCAAAGGUGAACUUCAAACAUAUAUAUAUUUUUUUAAACUCAUGUAUUGGUUACACUUUAGUUAGUAAGUCACAGAUUACACGUACCUGGCUCAAAUCAGCAAGGACAAAUGAAAAAAUUCAUGAGUCAGAAGUCUGGUAAUACUAUUUUGAAGGAUAAUCCUUUGUUUUACUUGAGACCUUAGGUCUUUGUCUUAGAUGACAGAAGGUAGAUCUCUGGUUUCUGGUAUGAACUUUAAGAGGACAUAAACUGUUUUAGAGUUCAAGUGUAUUACCUGAAUUCUCAGCUGUCAAUGGCUUAGAGAACAUCUCAUGGACCCAAGCAACCAAAUAGCUUGUUUCUCUCUGUAAGGGCUGGUUUGAGGGACUGCUGUGCAGACCCACACAAGCCCACUUUGGUGCUAGAAGUGGUCAUUUUCCUUUUCCCAAAACCUCACACGAGACUGCAUCCUCCUCUUCUGUCCCUGACACUGGGCUUUGUUUAUACUCUGAACUGUCUUGGUGUGGAUCAUCAGGAUAAUGCAUUCCUGUCCUGUCUGCCUCCCCUUGCGGGAGGUCUGGUGGGCCUGCAGUCUCAGGAAGAGCUUGGUACUUAUGUGGACUUCUAUUUUCUCUCUGUGGAGAUCAGAGAAGACCUUGGGGGAAAAACUACUUCAACCUCAAUCUGGCUCCUCAGCAGACUGCAUGAGUGGAAGCAACUAAUUCUGGUGCUCAGGGUGUGCUUUAGCAUCCAGGUCAGGCCAGAGCAGGUUUGGCCUAAUGGAUGUUCCCUCAUGGGCAGCUAUGGUUGCAGGGGACUGUACAGCUGUCCUGUGAAGCCUCCAGACAUUGUCAUCCUGGAUCCAGAAGAACCUGCUGACUUGGCUAAUCCCAUGCCUGGACUUCUUAUCCUUUCGUUUGAGAACUGGUCAGUGGUAAAGACAGAACUAUGAGGCAAGCUGCCUUUCUGAUCAUCUUUUCCAUCAAAUGGCCUCCGUCGAAGCCUGGGGAGUAACUUUGGUCAUACUUGCUCAAUGAAGACAAUUUAGGGAAGCAUGAUCACAGCUGCCUCCAGUUCAGGAUACACAUGGAUGAGAAAAUGGGGGGACAUUCCUACUGUCACGGGUUGGGGAUUUGUACAGCAAAUUCCUUCCUGGCAAUAGGGAGUCUUGUGCAAAGGCUGACUUGCCUAAACUAUGUAAACAUGACUCUUGUCUGAGCCAAAAUGGCAUCUAUCCCAGGGAUCCUCUGGAGCUAAUCCUUUAAGCAGAGUAUGCUUGUCUUGAGGAUUCCUGACCCAGGUUUUAGCUAUCUCCACUGAAGUAAAUGACCAGCUAAUCCCAGGAACUUGCUGCCCCCCAGUGGCUCCUGGGGGGAAGCAUGGGCCUCACACCCUAAGUGCCCCAAUGCAAGCUUAGUGAGCCAUGUCAUCCCCCUCUCAUUACUGGAUGGCAACCGCAUUCUUCCCCUCUGUGCUGGAUAGUCUUUACCCAGGAAC